AUGGCCGGCACCGCGCUCCACUUGCAGGAGCAGCUUGCGCAAAUCCGCGCCGAGAAGAAGAGACUUCAGGUGGCCGAGGCGGUGCGUGCCGACGCCGAGGGCCACGCACAGCAGCUCGACGACGAGUCGCUGCACCUCCACCGCACCCUCGAUAAGCUCAACGCGCAGAUUGCGCGGCUUCAGGAGCCGCCACAGCCCGCCGUACGCAAGUACGGCUGGGCCAACCCCGCCGACGUCGAGCGCAACAUUAUCAUGCUGCGCAAGCGCAACGCCGCCCUGUCCCGCAUCCUCGACAAGUGCAGCGAUCCGGGCGCACGGAUGCGAGAAGAGGAGGAGCUGAGGCGGCUCCAGGGCGAGGUGCACGCGACGGAGCGGAGGCUCGAGCUGCGGGACAAGGAGUUGCGCCAGCUAAACCGACAGGCGGGGCGGCUGCUCCGCCAGCGCGAGGAGGCGGCCUGGCACAAGCGCGAUGCGCAAGUUGGGCUGGACGAAGUGGAGGCGCGGCACAUCGAGCGGCUAGGGGCGGUGGAGGUGGCGCAGCGAGAGAGGUACGAGCUCGCGAUGCGCAAGGUGGAGGAGCUACAGGAGGACCGGCGCUGCUGGCUCCAGCCGCUUGUGCAUGCCGCGCAGCUGCUGCGUACGCGGCGCGACGCGCCGUACGAGCACUUGAGGCAAAUUGCAGACGAGCCGUCGCCCGCGUUAGCACUCAUCGACUCAAUGCGUCGAAUGACGGCGAACAACAAGGAGUGGCUAGAGCAGAGCGAAAAGGCGACCAGGGCUGAAACGGCCAUGCUGCAGAAGCUAGAGAGGUUGCACACCCGCCUUGUGCAGAGCGAGGAGAUCCAGUCCGAGAUCCAGAAUGGCUGCUACGGAUUCAGCCCCAGCGCGGCGCCGGCCGACGAGAACGGAUUGCACGGCGACAGCAGCCCGAAGAAGACUCGCAAGGUGCCCCCCCUGGCCGUUGGCCGUACAGCAGCGGUGCGAGCGGUCGCGGCCUAA